CGCCGCCUCCCCUCCCCCUCCCCGCGCCUGGGCCCACUGCGCGGCCUCUGCCCGCCUCGCCCCCGCGCGGGCCUCCUCCCGCUUUCUCUCUCCGCUUCCCCUCGAGCCUCCCGAGGAGCCCGCAGCAGCCGCGGGGCGCCGGGAAGAUGGCGGCGGCGGGAGGCGGCGGCGGCGGCGAGGGGGGCGCGGGCCUGGGCGGCGUGGCGGGGUCGGGGCCGGGGCCGGGGCUGCGCGCGUCCGGCCCCUCCGCGGAGACCCGCGAGGACGCCCGCGGCCCGGCGCCCUCUGUGUUGCACUCGGAGGAGGUGGCCGCGCGGCUGCAGCGGAUGCGCCGGGAGCUGAGCAACCGCAGGAAAAUCCUGGUGAAAAACCUGCCCCAGGACAGCAACUGCCAGGAAGUUCAUGACUUAUUACAGGACUAUGAGUUAAAGUAUUGCUAUGUGGACAGAAAUAAGCGAACAGCGUUUGUUACCUUAUUGAAUGGGGAACAAGCCCAGAGUGCAAUUCAGAUGUUUCAUCAAUAUUCUUUUCGAGGAAAAGACUUAGUAGUCCAGCUCCAGCCAACAGAUGCUUUGCUGUGUAUUACUAACUUACCCGCUUCUUUUACGUUAGAAGAGUUUGAAGAACUUGUUCGUGCUUACGGAAAUAUCGAGAGAUGUUUCCUGGUCUACAGUGAAGUUACUGGCCAUUCCAAAGGCUAUGGAUUUGUAGAAUACAUGAAAAAGGACUUCGCUGCAAAGGCCAGAUUGGAGCUAUUGGGCAAGCAGCUGGGAGCAUCAGCUCUGUUUGCACAGUGGAUGGACGUUAACCUGCUAACUGCAGAGCUCAUUCAUUCCAAGUGCCUUUGUGUGGAUAAACUCCCUACUGACUACAGGGACUCAGAGGAGCUGUUGCAAGUAUUUUCCAGCAUCCAUAAGCCUGUGUUUUGCCAGCUUGCACAGGAUGAAGGAAGUUACGUGGGUGGCUUUGCAGUGGUUGAGUAUAACACUGCGGAGCAUGCUGAGGAGAUUCAGCAAGCAGCUGAUGGUAUGACCAUCAAGGGAAGCAGAGUCCAAGUUUCCUUCUGUGCCCCAGGAGCACCAGGGCGAAGUACAUUAGCAGCAUUGAUAGCAGCUCAACGUGUGAUGCACAGCAGUCAGAAGGGCUUACUCCCAGAGCCGAAUCCGGCACAGAUCAUGAAGAGUUUAAACAACCCUGCCAUGCUCCAAGUUCUUCUGCAGCCCCAGCUCUGCGGGCGGGCGGUGAAACCAGCAGUUCUUGGAACACCUCACAGCUUGCCACAUCUGAUGAGUCCAUCCAUCUCCCCUGCAUUUUUACAUUUGAAUAAAGCACAUCAGAGCUCAAUUGUGGGUAAUACUUCUCGUUUGUUCCUUCAGAACCUUCCCCAUGUAUCGCUGGCACAGCAGCACUUAAUGAAGUUUGAGAGCAUUCAUGCUAAUAACAAACCAGGCCUGCUUGGCGAAGCCCCAGCUGUGGUGCUUCAGGCUGCAGUCGGGGUAGGGUUGGGGCUUCCCUUGAAAGCAGAGUUGGGUCACCACGGAGAAGCCCAUAAAACAUCUAACCUGAUUCCAACGCAAACAACUGUAACAGCUGGAAUGGGCAUGUUACCGUUCUUUCCCAAUCAGCACAUUGCUGGACAAGCUGGACCAGGACAAGGGAAUACUCAGGAGAAACAGCCAGCCUCCAUGGGAAUAGCAGAAGGAAAUUUCUCAGGGUCACAGGCUUAUCUUCAGAGCUUUCCAAACCUUACUGCUGGAGGUUUGCUGACAGGACACCAUAAGCAACCGCAAAGCCAGCCAAAAGGCACGGAGAUGAGUUCGGGGGCUGCCUCGAAGAAUCAGACUUCACUCUUGGGAGAACCGCCGAAAGAAAUCCGGCUCAGUAAAAACCCGUACUUGAACUUGGCAAGCGUGUUGCCCAGUGUGUGCUUAACAUCCCCUGCAAGUAAAACCACUCUGCAGAAGACGGGAAUUGCCAGCAGCAUCCUGGACGCCAUCUCUCAGGGAAGCGAACCACAGCACACCUUGGAGAAGUGCAUUGCGUACUCUCAGCCUUUUGGUGAUUACACACAGGUGUCAUCUUUAAGAAAUGAAAAGCGAGGCUCAUCGUAUCUCAUCUCUGCCCCAGAAGGCGGCUCAGUGGAACUUGUUGAGCAACAUUCUCAGGGCACCGGAGCAUACUACAUGGAGACCUACUUAAAAAAGAAGCGCGUGUACUGAGUUAAGUCCUCCCCUUAUAUAACCUCGUAAGGUUCUUUGCAGUAUCUUUGCUGUUCAUCGCUGCCUUAACUACAUUCAUACUACCCAUAUCCUUUAAAUACGGGUUUAUAAUUCCCCAGAAGGAACUGUGUUGUGCAGCAGGCAAAAUUGCCAAAUAAGAAGUAAGUAGCAAUAAGAAGAGACAUCAGUUGAGGACAUUUUCAUCACCACCAGAAUUAAAUGCAGCUUAACGUGAUAUUAACUUAUAGUCCAUUGCAGAAAUUAACAAUAUUCCUUGUUCUAGGACUGGGAAUAAUUUUGACACCACAUAUGAAACUUUGAAGCAAUAAAUAGGAAACGGUCUUGUUUCCUAGGCCUUAGAAGAAUGAAUUUCUUACAAGCCAAUGUGCAUUUCUAUUUACAUUCCCUAGAAGAAAUCUCAUUUAUAGAUUUUUAGAACUUCUCCUUAGAACUCUAAGAGCACGAGUACGAGACACAGCAAUGGUCACGUGCAAACAAAUGCUCUGCGUGCAAACUAAAUUAUUCCCCCCACACCAGCCAUGUAAUAGGUGUACACUCCCACGAGUCUUUCCUUUUAAUCUGUUAUUAACCAUUUAUGCCUUUUGUGAAGAAAAACAAGGUACUUUAACAAAAGUAGCUUUGGCGAUCUAAUUUCAGGGGUUGGCAAACCAUACCCUGGGGUUAAAUUCAGAUCUCCACCUGUUUGUUGUACAGCUAAGAAUGUUAUUUACAUUUUUAAAUGGUUGGCAGAAAAAUGAAAAUUUUAUGACUUUGAAAUUAUAUGGAAUUCAGAUGUGCCCACACACACAGCUUUCCUGGAACACAGCCAUGCUUGGUCACACGCAAGCAGCACUGCGCAGUUCGGGCAGAGACGCGCAGGCCUGCACAGUCUAAUGUGUUUCCUCUCUGGCCCUUCACAGCGAGUUUGCUAACCCCUAAUCUAACAGUACUAACUGCCUAAUCCUUUUACUUCACCUAAAGAAGGAACUUAACUUUUGCAGCUGAUUUAUAAGUGGCAAUGAACAUAAGUUUCUGUCUCAUUCCAUGGCAUAGGAUAGUGAUGAUCUAAUUACUAGAACAGGGCCUAUUUUGAUCAUUAAAUGCAUUAUUUCCAAAAUAUUAUAUAGUGAAGCAGUCAAUACUGCCCUUUCUGAAGGAGUCUUAAUGGAGUAACAGUGUUUAUAACCAUUUUAAGCUAAUAAGCAAAAUUUUACCUCACUCUCUGCUUUGUCUCUUACUCUUUAGUAGUAUGUUAGGCUAAAAAUUGUUUGUAACUUUUGACAUCCCCAUUUCCUGAAGACUUGGGUAUUAAAUGCAUGGGAAACCUUUUGCCAUCUAGAAAUAUAUGUAAGUAAGUUUGUUCCUUGUUAUGAGACUGUAAUUGAUGAUGAGUUUAGGGGCCCCAAUGAUCAUAGUCUUUUUGAACUCAGAUCAUUAAAUAUCUUGUAAUUUGGGGGAAUUAUUUUUGAACAAGAUAAAAGGUAUCCUGUUUUACUUAUGAAGUUAAAAAUCGGUGCACAUGUUGUAUGAUUUGUAAAGAUUACUUGGUCUAAUUUAUUGCAUAUAUUAACCUCUUUUGGGAAAUGACAGCUAGAAAACUAGACUAAGACAAUUUCUAAGUAGGCUUCCUACGAGUAACUGAUCAGGAUAGGCAUCGCUCACUUACGACUCAGCAGAUGAGUAAUGGAGUCCCUGAGCUCUGCACUUCCUUAUUUUCCAGUUGCAUUGAGCUUCUUCAAUGCUUAGUCACACCUCUGUGAUUGUACAGAUGAAUUUUAACUAAGCUGCAAAGUGAAAGUGGGAAGAGGCGAAAGAAAAGCUGUUUGUGAUCACAGCCCACGUGGAUCUGCCACCCGUCCCCCACUGUCAGUGGAAGUAACAGAUAAGUGCAAAUCAAUUCUUGUUAGUAAUACGGACCAUUACCAACCCUCCCAAACUCUAUAUUGUUAUUUUUCUAAGUAAACAAAUUGUUUGAAAUGCUUUGAAAAUGGAGUCUUAAUAUUAAAA